AUGGUUAAGUUCACCGCCUCUGUUGUCACCCUGGCCAUGGCUGCCGCCGUCACGGCCGCACCGGCCGCGUCCUCUGAGACGACCUUCUCUUUCGCCUCAUGGGUCGAGGACAUCAUCGCCAACCCCGACACGGCUCUCAGCCCCGAGCAAGCCGUUGCGGCGGCGAACUCUGCCAGCGUUGUCUCCUCCGCCGGUGGUCUUACCAAGAGAGCUUGGUGCCCCGCCGAUAUGAAGGAUGCUCCGUCUGGAGAUGCCGCGGCGUGUCUCAACGAUCUCGCCCGCAAGGGUUCUGCCGGCACCAACUGCGUCGUCGCGCAGUCCGCCAUCCAGAUGUGCCGCAUUGGAGGCGCUGAGCUCGUUGGCACUAAGGCCGAAGCCGGCACUUAUACUGUGAACUGCAACGACAUUGCCCGUACUGGAGGCCUCAUCUUCGACACAUGCUACCGCGCCGACAACACCGUAAAGGGUAGUGAGUUCUGUAUCACAAACAGCAACAUCCAGGUUAACAUCCAGGGCGUCUAA